GCACCCUCUGCUGGCCAUGAGUGUAACUACUUUUAAUCACUGAACCCGACGGGCAUCAGGACCCAGAGAGCUGCGGCGGGGAGACUGGUAGUCAUCAUGGCGGACCAAAACAAGACAGACACCGAGGGGACGUUCUUCAGUGAAAUAUUAAGUCCGUCUGAGCUUUUUGCAGCCCGGUCCAGGAGUCACAAGAUCCCAGUCAGAGGACAGAAGGACUUCUUCCCCAAUGACUCAGACGAGCAAAGACAGCGGCUUGAGCAGAGCCUGAAUGAGCACUGGAGCCUGGUAUCAGAGGAGAGAGUGGAGAGGCUAGGAAACCUAGUGAGGGCCACAUGGAUUCCAAGUGACCAGACUGUGGAGCUUCUGUCUCCAGCUGGAAAGUUUUGGCAGACGAUGGGCUUUUCUGCCGAUGGCAAACAGUAUCUCCUCCCUGAAGAGGCUCUCUACCUGAUGGAAUGUGGAAACCUGCAGGUGUUUUAUAAGGACUUGCCGCUGUCCAUUCAGGACGGUUAUGAGAGAUUUCUGUCGUCGAACACAGUGAGGCUCCAGCAAUAUCAGGUAUUCGGGCAUUUGAAGAGGCUUGGCUACGUGGUGCACAGGUUUGAUCCCAGUUCAGAGCCGUCGCCAUACGUGAGGCAGCUGAACCUGCCUCAGUCACGUGAUAGAGCAGGGAGACAACUGAAGAGGAAGCGCAGCGGCAGCCCCACCCCAACAUGCAGUCAUUCAGAAGCACAAGAAGAGUCCACCACUGAGAGGAUGGAGGAGGAUAAAGGCAACCAUGAUGGUGAGGAGAACAAAAAGCCUCCUGAGUCACACUUGACAACCUCUCCAGAGACUGCACAGGUCCAGACUGCCACCACAAGUACAACAGAUGAAGGUGGCGGCAGGACCUGGUGGACGACAGAUGUUCUCAGGGACUUGGGUAAAGGGUCAGAUCAUAGCCCAACCCCUGGUUCCUCCCGCUGGGACUUCAGCUCCAUCUCUUUCCCUGACCUGGGCUCCAGGGGGCAGCUCUCCAGCUGGCUGGCCUCUCCAGACCCCUCGCUGCUGCCCGGGGCUUUGGCUGUGGGAGUCUGUGACGUUGCGUCCUGGAGGCAGAGAAUAAACCUGCGGGAGGUGAGGCUGUCCUCAAAGGAGCAGAGGAGGGAAGAAGACAAGCGUAGGCGUCGGUGGGACGUCAACAAAGACAAAGAGGUUCAGCGGUGCAGAAACUGGGCAGAGUAUCAGGAGCUCCUGGCGAGGAGGCAGGGGAGACGUAAAGGUCGACCAGCACACCUGUGGAACAGAGAAGUCACUCCAUUACAUGACCCAAGACAACCGAUCCCCACUGGGGAACUGUUGGAUAAAAUCAGUGUGAUCAAAUCUACAAAUUUGCUCGAGGGAGCGUCCAGGUUAAAAGGAUCGGAUGAGUGGAAGAUUUGCUUCAAUGUUUACCAACCUGAUUCGGUGGCUGACUUCAAAAAGAGUAAGCCUGGGAAACCUUACUCCCGCAUGUGUGUGUGCAGUUUCAAUGAUCCCGUGCCUGACCUCCGAGCUAUCAAGCUGCUGGCCUCCCAGAGCGGAGACGUCCCAGUGGUCAUUGCUGUGGUGGACCAUGGAGACAUCUCCUUCUACACCUUCAAAGACUUCCAGCUGCCAAAAGAUGUGUACCCCUGAGACCUCACUGCUCUCUAAUGUACAACAUCCACCUACACGUAUCCAGGACUUUUCAAUAAAUCUGCAUCUAUUGAGUCGAUAUGUAAAAAUACAAAUUUCUUUUGUGUGUCUGAUUUAGUGUGUGUGGUUUUAGUGCCAAAGCUUUGGUCCCCAGGUCGGAUCUGUGGGAUGGGUAGGGGUGUGCAUUGCCGUCUGCAAAUAUGUUGUUUUUAAUGGAACAGUGACAAAAAUAACAGUGUUUGCUUUGUUUACACUGUUGACACAGAGUCGAUACCUAAAAGUUUUUUUUCUUUAUCUUCAGGCCCAACAGACAACAGAACGUUGCAUGUGAACUAUUAAGUUGACUAGACUUAUUAUUAUUGUUGAUUUUCUGCAACAACUAAUGAUUGAAUAGUUCAUUAAUCCUGGUGGGAAAUGAAUUGUUGCUACAGCAGCUACAGUGUUCAACAACACUGAGACACCCCAGUUCAUUAUCACUAAAAUGUUUAGUAAUAAAAACCUGUCCAUUUAAUACAGUUGUAUCUGUUUGCAGUCAAAGCCCAAGAAGAAUAAAGACAGUUAAUUUGAAAAACUCUUUGCUGGAGAGGUUUUGUUGCUCCACCUUCCACUUUAAAAUAUGAAGGAACUUCUUCGAAUUUGGCACAAAUGUCGACUUCGACUCAAGGACGAACUCAUUAGACUUUGGUGGUUGAAGGUCAAGGUCAGUGUGACCUCACAAAACAUGAUGUUGGCCUUGUGAACGCAAUAUCUCGAGAACUCCUCAAGGGAAUCCCUUCAAAUUUGACCAUUACUCAAGAUUUCAAACAGCAAUUAUGACAAACACACAAGUUAUUAAUAUUUCAUAUGACUGUGGAUAAACAAGGAUGUAAUCUGAAACUAGUCUGAGUGGCGGAGGCAUGCCGCCGUGAGGCAGUAAUUCUAGGUAUUCUUUAAAAGUUCUUAUGUGAUAUUUGCAGUGUCUCUGACAUCAUUGUCAUGUUGGAAAAUUCCUCUGCUGCCAAGCUGCUUGAGACUGGGAGUCUCUCACUCCGUAGUUGGGGAAAUAAAUUUGU